CAGUCCUGCACACAGAGCUUGUUACGUCAUCGACGUCAUCUCCCUCGUCAUGAAGACAACGGUAUAAUGCAUCGGUAAAUCACCCAGGGAGCAGAACGUGAAAGAUGGCAGUGUUGUCGACGCCCGGUACAGCAUUCCUGUGGAUACUGAUUCUAAACGUAUGUCUGUCGACAGCUCAGUGGCAAAUGGCUACAAGGUGGGCGGCCAACUUGAUUAAAGUCAACACAGGAUUGCUCACGGCUGAUCAGUAUUUUGAUAUUGCUUCUGAUGUCGGACUGUUUUCGGAAUUUUUUGCUCCAUUCAACACAUUCUUGUACAUGACGGUUGAUCAGUUUGGAGACCUUGGGAUUCCUUUCAGUAGGGUGAGAGCUGACAACCCACACUUACCAGCCCACUUUGCUGAAACCCCAGUGGAAUAUUCAGGCGCACCAAAAACGAAUCUUCAAAGAGAACACCAGUCUACAACUAAACAUAGCAUUCACAGAUCGAACCCAGGCCCUCAGAUGGAUAUACGUCACCAAAGAGUACGAGCUCAGAUGGACUACAUGAAUAAAUUUGGAACAUUUAAUGGAAUGCGUGAAACUACAUCGGUAGCGACGACGACGAUGACGACGAAGAUGACGACCACAACAGAAAAUCUCAAACGUCCACAACAACGUCGUCUACCUUCCUAUCCUGCUUCAACUACACCGAGAGAGGAGGCACCGGGGACAGUGUAUUCUGCAGCCAAACAACUAGAUGCUAGAGAAUCUGCAGGUGAUAACAUCAGGCUACCUCAUCGUGGGCACAUAGAGAGACCAGCUUCUAGAAUUAGUAACAGCAGAAUUCCACAUCGUGGACAAACAGAGACACCUGAGGCUGCUAGUAUUCACACCAGGUUACCCAACCGUGGGCACAUAAAGUCCCCAGCAUCUGGAGGCAAUCACAACAGAAUUGCUGAUCGUGUACAAACCAAGCCACCUGGUUCUAUCAAAAGUGUUCUCAGGCAUUCUAAUGGUGCACAGAAUAGAUCAAAUUCAAAGCUGUCCCACAGUCCACAUGGUCCCGGGAUACCUCACGUUACCCAAGGAGAUGGUCUGAAGAAUCAGCAGAAUGAAGGAGGGGUGGUUCUGAAUGGUCCAGCGGAUUUGAAAGAGGUUCAGAAAGCGAAACCACAAGCGAAGACAGCUGAGGGUAAUGCACAUGGAUCAGACAGGCCAAGACAAGAGGUUGUAACACCGAUCGCAAUUACAACUGAACCCACUCGUGAUCCUGUGGUAAAACUGCUGAUAGACUCUCAUAAAACAGCAAUUCCGAGCAGCAUAGCUCACGAAUCUGCAUCUAGUAGAGGAAUGUCACAAUCAAUUGAAAGACUCCAGCCCGGCAAAGAGUUGCUACCAAACAGAGAGACGCCACCAGCUAAAGAAGUACUACCAAAUAAAGAUAUGCCACCCAUAAGGCGGCGCCCACUAGGAAGAGAACGUUCACCAAAUGGAGAACCGCCACCAAACAUUCGUAUUCCACCUACAAGAAGACUCCCACCUCCAAGAGGUAUGCCGCCAGCUAGAAGGUUACCACCAAACAGAGGAGUUUCACCAGGGGAUACAAAUAGGAAAACUAGUCCUAGUUCUCCUCAAAGGACAAAGUCCACUUUAGGAAGAUUAUUUUCUUUUCCAAAUAUGGACGCCCUGAAUGCAUUCCUUGCUCAGGCUUUCACGUCUCUGCUACAGAUUUAUUCCAGUGCAAAGACAAAGAUUUCUCAAGGACGCAGUGUUCCUUCUGCCUUUUCCAGAACCAGUUUGAUGAAAAUGAUCGCCAGGAUGAAGCGGAGCCGUCUCAAUGAUUCACAAGGGGUGAUGGACGUAACACGCAUGCCUGUAACGACUACAGAAGCACCCCCUUUAGUUCUCUUCUACCCAUCGAGUGAAGUUGAAGCUUCAAAGCCACCUGCGAAGGUCGUAUCAAAUCGUCCACACAGACAGCGAGACAGGAAUGUUGGUUCUAGGUUCUCUCAUUCUAAACCGACAGUGAGUAGGACUAUCCGCCGGAAAGUGUUGCUAGAACCUGUGUCCAGAAGGUUAACGACGGGAAGUCGCCGAGGAAACGAGUUUACGGAUUUGCGGCUUAUGCAGUUGCAGAUGAAACAAGCACAGCGGAAUACUCAGCAUAUGCACGGGGAUUGGUCUGAUGGCAUACACACAUACACACGAACACGUGAUCCUUACUCACGUGGAAAUGUGAAUGUGUUUCGUCAGUUCCACGGGCCACACGUCUCCUUUGACAGAAGGAAUAGGGGAUCAUUUCUCGUUGGGGAAUCGUCUUACCAAAGACGAAAAAUCCAGCAGAUGGACGAAAGAAGCAGACGUGAAAAACGUCGACGUCUUCAAUUAGCUUUGUUGUUAAGGAAACAUAACGAACAACGUGAACAUAUGCCUGGUAGAAAUCUCUCGAAUGCAAGACGAACAGCAGCAAAGUCUCCCGAUCUGCAUCCGAUUAAUUCCUUAAUGCGAAUUGCUCCACCAAAGCCACAGAAGAACCAAACGUUACUAACACGUAAUGCAGUUUGGUACAGACCGAAUACAAGAAAAUCUUUAAUGCAAAGAUCUGGAUAGUUUUCGUGUGAUAUUCGUUGUGGAGAUUUGAAAAAUGGGUUAUUAACCAGUUCCUGGUGUGGUAUAUAUAAUAAAUCAUAA